AAUCCGAAGCUUCGCGCCCGCCCGACGCCGCAAGCAAAAAGAAGCAGAGCAGGGCACCCGCGGCCACCACUACAGUAUAAAGCCGCGCCACUUCCUUGUGCUUGGCCGCACCGAACCAACCGCACUCCACUCGACUAGGUAGCCUCAUCUCAUACCCAAGAAGCAGAGCAUCAGCAGCAGCCACCGCCAAGGCCAUGGCGCGGCGGGCUGUGCCUCUGCUCGCGUCCCUCGCCGUCUCCGUCUCCCUCCUGGCCGCCGUCUCGUCGGCGGACUCGUGGCUCUACGAGAAGUUCACCCCGGACGGUAACGUCCGCGUGAACUACGACGCGUCGGGCCAGCAGGUGACGUCGCUCGUCCUCGACCAGCAGUCCGGCGGCGCCUUCAUCUCCAAGCAGAAGUACCUCUACGGCGAGUUCAGCAUCCAGAUGAAGCUCAUCCGCGGCAACUCCGCCGGCACCGUCACGUCCUUCUACCUGACAUCCGGUGACGAACCCGGGCACGACGAGAUCGAUAUGGAGUUCAUGGGAAACUCGAGCGGCGACCCCGUGGUGCUCAACACCAACGUGUGGGCCGGCGGCGACGGCAAGAAGGAGCACCAGUUCUACCUCUGGUUCGACCCCGCCGCCGACUUCCACAAGUACACCAUCAUCUGGAACGACAAGAACAUCAUCUUCAAGGUGGACGACCUCUUCAUCCGGAGCUUCAAGCGCUACGCCGACCUGCCCUACCCGGGCGGCAAGCCCAUGUCCGUGCACGCCACGCUGUGGGACGGCAGCUACUGGGCGACGCUGCAGGGGGAGGUGAAGGUCGACUGGUCCAACGCGCCCUUCGUUGUGUCCUACCGCGGCUACUCCGCCGACGCCUGCACCCCUAACGGCGACGGCCGCCCGCUGUCGUGCCCCGCCGGGACGGACCGGUGGAUGAACCGGCAGCUCAACGACGCCGAGUGGGGCACCGUGGCGUGGGCGAAGCAGAACUACAUGCACUACAACUACUGCGAGGACGGGUGGAGGUUCCCUCAGGGCUUCCCCGCCGAGUGCUCCCGCAACUGAUCCUUCCGUCCAGGCAUCCAUCCCCAUUGUUGGCUUGAUUGAUCGACAUUAGUCUUCUUCUGCCAUUUUUACUACCUCCCAUGUACAUUUUGUCAUCCAUUGUUCUUGAUGUCCUUUUCCCUCUUACUGUUGCUUGAUUGUUACCGAGAGGGGUUAAAGAUAAGGUGAAUUUCACAGCGAAAGUUAGAUGGUGAUUUUA